AUGGCACCCAGCAGAGACGACGAAUUGUUAUCUUCCCGCCAAACGGUUGCGGAUAAGCCAACGGUGUACCUUCUUGACACGUUCCCUCCCAAGGCAAUCGAACAUGCCAAAACGCUAUUCAAUAUUAUCCAGCCUCAAGAUGAAGAGUUCCAAAAUUGGAGAGAGAAUGCGCGCGCUUUGUUGAUCCGAAGUUCCUAUCUUACUGCCGAGGAUGUCGCCAGUUGCCCGAAUCUGAUUGCGAUUGGCAAGCACGGAGUAGGAAUUGACAAGAUUGACCAAAAUGCCUGUGCAGAAAGAGGCAUCAAGAUCCUCAACACGCCUGGGGCGAACGCACGCGAUGUGGCCGAACUGGUCGUUGCCCUUUCUCUGUCGGUUGCUCGUGGUAUCCGGUCCAUUACAACUCGCCAAAUGUCAAAGCCAGUCCCCAAGGAGACAUGUGACGGGCUGACGUUGUACCAAAAGACUGUCGGGAUUAUCGGCAUGGGAAAUAUCGGACGGACUGUUGCCGAGAUAUUUCGGGGUGGCUUUCAGACCGACAUCAUCGCAUACGAUGCUUAUAUGCCGGAGGAUAUAUGGACGCAUAUCCCGCACACCAGAGCCAGCAGCAUCGAUGAAGUCAUUACUCGGGCAGAUAUCCUCUCGGUCCAUGUCCCCCUGACCAAGGAGACACGAGACAUGAUUUCCUACGACAAGAUCUGCAUGAUGAAGCCGGAUGCCAUCCUUAUCAAUGCGGCUCGGGGAGGGAUUGUCAAUGAACAGGACCUCACACGGGCAUUAUCCGAAGGCCGUCUCUGGGGUGCCGGGCUUGACUGUCACGAACAGGAACCUCCCAGUCAUGAGAGAUAUGGCCAACUCUGGGAGAAUUUGAAUGUGAUCAGUACACCGCACAUUGGAGCUGCUACAUCGAGGGCACAAUUAGCGUGUGCUACUGCGGCGAUUGACAAUUUGCACCAAUACCUAGCUAGUCUAUGA